AUGGCGGCGCCCAGGCUGGCCUAACGUGCUGGGCGAGGGGAGGGCGGUCGGCGGGCCAUGGCGGCGGCGAAGGCGACGGCGGGCGCCGGUCGGACGGUGCUGGUGCGGGGCCUGCCGCCCUCGGCCUGCGCCGCCGAGCUGGAGAGGGAGUUCGGCCGGGCGGGGCCGGUGCGGCGGGCGGUGGCCGUGACGGAGCCCGGUGAGCGGGGACGGGGGGGGGGCGGCCGGGCGGGAGGGAGGGAAGGGGCGCUUCCACCCCCGCCCUCCCUCUGAGGUGGGGCUGGGGGGCUGGGCUAGAUGACCCCGGGGGGACCCUUGUUCUAGGCAGUGCUUUGGGGUUACUCUCAUUUUCCUCUUCCUCUUGAAAUACUGCCUCUCAAUGAGGCCAAACUUAAAUUCACAAAAUGUUGAGGGGUACGUGCACCCCGGUGUCCCUCCAGAAAAAAAACAUUAUUAUUAUUAUUAUUAUUAUUAACCACUGUCAACAGCACCACCAGUCAGUACUAUCACUGGAUCAUGGAGCCCACCUGGCACCAGAACGAGCCCCCCCCCCCAACAAGGCAUCUUUCCUGGCAGUUGUUGUUGUGGAGUCAUUUAGUGGUGUCCGCCUCUUCGUGACCCCCUGGACCAGAGCACGCCAGGCCCUCCUGUCUUCUGCUGCCUCCUGCAGUUUGGUCAAACUCAUGCUGGUAGCUUGGAGAACACUAUUCAUGACCCCUGCGUCUCCCCCCCAGAAAAAAGCACUGAUUAUUAUUAUUAUUAUUAUUAACCACUGGCACCACCACCAGUCAGGACCACCUGUGCAUCACGGAGUCCACCUGGCACCAGAAUGAGCCUCCCCAACAAGGCGUCUUUCUUGGCUGUGCUGCACAUUGCAGCUUUUCAGAUUACGAACGUGGCAAAGUGUUUACUUCCGUGUUUGCUGCACAUGCAGACGCAGAAGUGGCAUAUCACACUUCAUGAAUGCGCAGUAGCAGCACUAUGUUUAUGGACUUUUCGGGGUGCGAACGGCACUCCGAAACGGAUCACGUUCGUAAGUAGAGGUACCACUGUAGAGCCAGUUGGCAUAAGGUUGCAAUGGCAUCUCCUUCAAAUGUCACAUCUUUCUUCGUAUGAAUCUAUGCUUAAAGUAUUUUGUAUGGUUCCGGUUAUCUACCUAACCGCCACCCCAAGCCUUUUUCUUGAAUUACAGGGUGGGUGGAGUGACAUGGCUUUCCCUAUCUUAUAUGUGAUAUUUGUUCGCUAGCCAAGUUGCUGACCUUUGCUCUAUGUUUUUUUUUAUUAUUAUUAUUUGGAAAGACACCUUGAGUUCCUUGCAGCAAGAAAAUGAGUUUAAUAAGCUUAGCCCGUCAUAAUAAUAUUAAUAUGCCUUUAAAUCUGUUGGAUAGGCAAGAAAACCUGUCGUGGGUUUGGCUUUGUCACUUUCUCCUUGCCGGAAGAUGCUCAGAGAGCCAUCCAGGAGAUCACUAACUUUGGGAAACGCAAGAUCACGGUAGCCCUGGCUAAUCCGAAGCCACGGCAGAAAGGAAAGAAGAAAGAAGGUAAGUUCAAGGUCUCUUUUUUUUGUGGGGUGCCAGGAUUUUCUGUGCGCUGCUGUCGACACUUAGCACCAGUUUUGCUGAACACAGUUAGAAAGACGGAAGAGGCUUGUGUUUGGUCCCACAUGACCUGCGCUGCCUUCGAGGCUUCCAGCACCCUUUCUGACAUGUUCUUCUAGUCCAGAAGAUGGGUUUUGAUUUCCUUACAGUACACAAUUUCAAGACAUUACCAAUAAAUUUAAAAAAUGAUAAAUUGUCCAGUAGCACCUUAGAGACCAAUACAUUCGCAGUUAUACCUCUGCAGUGGAACAAACCGCCUCUACAGCCAGCAGGGAAGUGGCCACUUAACAGGCUAGUGGAAAAGAGAAAGGAUUCCUGUCAGGUGGACUGAGGUAGGAGGGAUGCAGCCACCUGCCUCCACUCCAAUAACCUGCUUGUUUCCUGUGCUGGCUAUGAAGGAAUUGGCCCCCCCGCCCCCCAACCAGCAGAGCAACCAGGUGAGCUGGGAUGGAAGGGUCCAUUCACUGCCACUUCAUGGCCUGUAUGGGAUUCCUAGACAGCUGUGGCUACCAGGCAAGUUCUUAAAAUACAAAUCUGGGCUAUAUGUAUGAAGAGGAGGACUGUUGGUGGAGCUGGCAGAGGAGCCGAAUGUUCCUUGCCUUCACUCGCCUCUCCAGCAGCGCCUUUACGCUUUGCCUGUCCUGCCUGGCUGCUUGUAAAGGGAGAAGAUGCCUUGUCUGCUGGAGUUUCUCUCCUGCUCCAAACAAAAUAAAAAAAUUCCUUCCAGUAGCAACUUAGAGACCAACUAAGUUUGUUAUUGGUAUGAGCUUUCAUGUGCAUGCACACAUCGUCAGAUACCUCUUCUGAUACAUGCACACGUAUCUGAAAAAGUGUGCAUGCACACAAGCUCAUACCAAUUAUAAACUUAGCUGGUCUCUAAGGUGCUACUGGAAGGAAUUUUUUUAUUUUGUUUCGACUACGGCAGACCAGCACGGCUACCUACCUGUAACUCUCCUGCUCCAGGCAUGGUGGCGGGGUUCUUCAGCUGCGUCUCACGGGCUUUUGACAGGAGGUUCUCGUAAGCACAUCAGAAGAGUCUGGCUGCUGGAUCAGACCAAAGGGGGUCAUAUCCAGUUGCAGAAGAAAAUAAUCUUCCCACCUGCUCAAGACCCUGUUGAGCAAGACAAGGCAGUUGUGUUGGAGAAGACCUCCACCAGCCAGACUCUCUUCUGAGCUGAUCCAUAGACUGUUCAGCUUACAUACAGAAGUUAAUGUCUUUUGUAGGUAUGGCAAGGUUCUCACACCUGGUUAAUAAGAAACCACAAUAAAUAAACGGCUCGGGACCACAAUACCUCAAGGACCGCCUCCUUCCAUAUGAACCUACCCAGACCCUGAGAUCAUCUUCUGAGGCCCUUCUUCGUGUGCCUCCUCCUUGAGAGGUCCGGCGGGUGGCAACACGAGAACAGGGCCUUCUCUGCAGUGGCUCCCUGUCUGUGGAAUGCUCUCCCUAGGGAAGUUCGCCUGGCGCCUUCAUUACACACCUUUAUGCACCAGGCGAAAACGUUCCUUUUUAACCAGGCCUUUGGUUGAUCUGAUUGACAUCCAAUACCCUUUUAGAAUGUGGCUCUUUUGGGUUUCUUUUAUUGGGUUCUUGUUUUUAAUUUGAUUUUAUAUAUUAUGAUUUUGUUUGUGAACCGCCCUGAAACCUGCGGGUAUAGGGCGGUGUACAAAUCCAAUUAAUAAUAAUAAUAAGUAGUUUUGUGGGGAGAACACAGGGAAGCAGGAUUGCUAGUCAAAAACCCUCACACUUUCCAUACUUCCUUCACCCUUUCGUGCUGACUCUGUAAGAGAGACGUGGCCUUAAGAUAUAUAUAUAUAUUUUAAUAAUAUUUAUUAAAAGUUUAAAAAUUACAAAAAAAAGAAAAAAGACAACAAUAAAAAAGGAAAAAAAACAUAGAAAAGCAAUACAACAAUACAGCAAAAAGAAACAAGAAAAAAACUAAAACACACAUCCAAUAUUCCAUAUCUUUACCUUCCCUUUGCUUGUUUCAUCGACCUCCUCACACCUCCCUUUUUUUGUAUUGUAGUUCAAUUCACUAUUUCAGCAAAUUCUUCCCAUCUACGUGGCCUUAAGAUAGAAGCAAGCUCAGUCCUAUUACAGUCCCCGGUCCUUGCAGACCCCAGACCCAUCCAGCCCAGCCUCCUGUUCUCAGACUGACCAACCAGAUGCUUAGGCCCAUGGGAUGCUUGUGGGUGUGACCUGAGCGCAUCAGCACUUGUGCCUAGUGAUGAUUCCUCCGCUGUGUUCUUAGUGUGCCAUUGUCCUUGCCGUGUCCCAUUUGCUUUGGUUCCAGGUGCCUCUGAGGCCCCCCAGCGAGGGAAGAAGCCCCCAAAGGCAAAAGGAGCCUCGAAAAAAGCCAGGCUGAUCAUUCGCAAUCUGAGCUUCAAGGUACGAGCCAAAGGCAGGGGAGUCGCCUGCUUCUUUGAUGGGGCUGGGGCUCUCUUUCUGAGCCACCCACAUUCUUUCCUUGGAACGAGGCCGUUAAAAGUGGGCUGGCAGGGUUAAUAUUUCACAGCACUCCUGUUUGAGAUUCAGAGCGCUGACGUAGUGCUGUUUCGCGGAAUCGUAGAGUUGGAAAGGGCACCCCAGGGCCAUCUAGUCCAACUCCCCAAGAGAUGGCCAUCCAGCUGUUCAUUUCUUAGCAGCUUUUUGGUGUAAAUCAGUCUUUAACCUCAGCAGUAACAUCUAGACCAUGGGAGUGUUUCAGCCCUGUUCUUGAGUUUGUUUAAAAUCUAAAACAGCUUAUCUUGUAUUCCUUUCUUUGAAUUUUGCCAUUUAGGUUUUUUAAACCUUUUUGUAAAGGCAACACUAAAAUUUUCACAGCUGAGUCCUCAACUCUUUAUUACUGUGCUUGGCUUUCUUCAAGUUGGGCUGUGUCUAAAACUUGCUAAUUAGGUUUUCAAACCUUUUUUGUAAAUUCAGUUUUAGAAACUGUACCUUUGAGUCCUCAUUCCUUUAUUACUGUGCUUCGCUUCACCUAGGUCGAGCUAGGAUUAUAACACUUCAGAAUGUUUGGGAGUUUUAUCCCCUUUCUUUGAAUUUGGUCAUUUAAGGUUUAUGAUUUCUCUAUUUGCUUCUGAGGAAACUGAAUAGUCCAGUGAAACGAGGUUUGUAGCCAUCAUCCCGUUAAGGCCUUGCUCAAUUCUAGGUUUUUCUAAUUUUUCCCUUAAACUUUUUGAUUUUUAUUAUUUAGUUUAUUUCUAUAAGAUAAUAUUUCUAGUCGAUUACUUCUCGUUUCAGGGAUUUUCAUGGUAUUUCAUUUGUUUUGUGUAAUUUGGUGUAAAUCACAGCUGAGCGCUCCAUUUAAUGGAGCAGUAAUAGGAGCCCCAAGCCCCGCUUUUGGAUUUCCCACCAGAGAGCACAGUCUCCUCACAGAACAUUGGAGCAGCAGCCCAGAUCCUUCCUAAGACUUGGGGUUUUUGAAAAAUACACAAUGCACUGUGAUGACUUCUGCCAUUGGUCUUGUUUCUUCUCUCCUUAGUGCACAGAAGAUGACCUGAAGGCUGCGUUCUCUCAGUUUGGCACAGUGCUGGAAAUUACCAUCCCCAAGAAACCAGGUAUGGCCAGGUGGCCUGGUGGGAAAGGUCCGGUGGGGCGCUACUGGGGGAGAAAGGUAGCAUUCCAUUUAAACUGCACACCUGUCCUGGAUUAUCCCAAGCCAUUCAUGGAUCACUGCGUUCCCCUUUGGAACUAGCAAUCGGAGAUAGGAACACUGACUGGCUCAUGUUUCUGCUGUCCGCCGUCUUCAGCUGAAGAAUGAAGUCCCACCUGGCUUCUUGGUUAUGGCUCUGGCUGCUCCUCUUGUCUCCCUAUAAGUGGAAUCCCAUGCGCAGGCUACAAAUAUUUUUUAAAAAUAGUCAGAAUUAAGUUGCUUUCCUGUCGCUUCCAGAUGGAAAGAUGCGUGGCUUUGCCUUUGUGCAGUUCAAGAACGUCCUGGAAGCAGGGAAGGCCCUGAAGGGGAUGAACAUGAAGGAGAUCAAGGGUGAGUCUGACGCUUUCUUAAAAGGAGCCUGGUGAUUUGAGCUCCUCUCUGUGUGUUUAUGUCGGAUGGGAGCUGCCUGUGCAUAGGGUCAGGCAAGAUAACACUUGUUCAUCUAUUGCUCUUGAUAUCCCACCUUUUUCUGCAAGGAGAUGUGAAUCUCCACAACAACCCUGUGAGGUAGGUCAGGCUGAGAUUCAGCGACUGGCCCAAAGUCACACCCAGCCAGCUUCAUGGCCGAGCGGAAGGGAUUUGAACCCUGGUCUCCCGGGUCCUAGUCUGACGCUCUCCCCACUUCCCACCACUGACUCUCUUGCUGGUCCUUUUGUGCUGGGAAUGCUGGAACAUCCGCAGGAGAGUUGAAUAUGCGGGGUGUUCAGGCAGUGGGGCUGACUGACUUCGGCUCUCCUCUGCACAUGCACAGACACCAUGACUUUUCAUUUCAUAAAAUUUGCACACCACUUGACUGUUUAUAAAAAAAAAGCCCUCAAAGUGGUUUACAAAAAUAUGAAACACGAAAAAAAUUGACGUGGGGAUUGCAACCCUCCUUUAAAACAUAGGAAAGUUAAAAUACUAAAACGGAUUAAAAUUACCUCCAUUUUCUAAGCAUCUGGACAGGCCCGUCUAAACAAUUUUAGCAGGUGCUGGAAAAUUGUACAGCGAAGGCUGGUGUCAAGAGGCAGGGAGUUCCAGAGGGUAGGGGCUGCCACACUAAACAGUUGAGUUCUUACGAAUGGGAAGCAGGUAUCAUGUGGCACCUACAGCAGUGGCAGUUCCUCAGAUGGAAUCAGUCCCUGGGAUUUGUAGCUGCGCUGCUCCCUCGCCAAGCCAGCCUUAGAGCUCUCGCCCUGACCUAGCCACUGUGAUCCACGCGACGCUCACCUCCAGACUGGAUUAUUGUAUCUCGCUCUACGUGGGGCUGCCCUUGAGACUGACCCAGAAACUCCAGCGGGUGCAGAAUGCCGCGGCGAGACUCCUUACGGGGUCCUUGCUACUUACGGGGUCCUCGCUGCGAGAUCACAUUCACCCAGUGCUAUACCAGCUGCACUGGAUCCCGGUGGAGUACAGGAUCAGGUUUAAGGUGCUGGUUUUAACCUUUAAAGCCCUAUACGGCCUAGGACCCUCGUACCUACGGGACCGCCUCUCCUGAUAUGUCCCACAGAGGAACUUACGGUCUUCAAACAAAAACAUCUUGAAGGUCCUAGGCCACAGAGAGGUUAGGCUGGCCUCAACUAGAGCCAGGGCUUUUUCGGCUGUGGCUCCAAUCUGGUGGAACACUCUGUCACAAGAGACCAGGGCCCUGCGAGACUUGACAUCCUUCCGCAGGGCCUUUGGCCAGGGCACAGCCUGACUCCCUCCUUCGGCAAUCUUCACGGAGCUCUGGCCCAAUGGUUGCCAGUGGUUUAAUUUGAAUUAAUUUUAUAAGGAAUGAUUUUGGAGUGUUGUGUUGUGUUGUACUGUUGUACUGUUUUAUUGUUGUUAGCCGCCCUGAUCCUGGCUUCGGCUGGGGAGGGUGGGAUAUAAAUAAAAUUUAUUUAUUGUUAUUAUUUUCCUCCGCAGAGCGCCCGGUGGCCGUGGACUGGGCCGUGGCCCGGGAGAAGUACCAAGCGAUGCAGGCAGCGGCAUCGCCAGCAGGUGAGUGGCUCCGGGGCACGAGUCAUCCUGCUCUGGGCAUCUCAGGCAGGUGGGUGAAAUGGCCCGGUCUUGACCUCAGGCCAACCAGCUGAGAGUGGCAGGGGGAGAUUGAGAACAUUUAUCCCGAGUCUUUGUAGUCAGGCAAUUGCCUGUGUGAGACUGUCUGGUUCUGAGAGCAGAGCUGACCUUCAGAAGCAACAGACCCCCCUCCCUGCCCAGCAAGCAUGGAAGGGGAGUGCCCUCUUGCUUAUUCAUUUCAUAAAUGUAUUUUUAAAGGCAUUUUUAAUCUUUUGUUAGAAGCCGCCCAGAAUGGCUGGGGAAACCCAGCCAGAUGGAUGGGGUAGAAAUAAUAAAUUGGGGUAGAAAUAAUAAAUUAUUAUUAUUGUUAUUGUUAUUAUUAUUAUUCAUAAUGUGUAUGCACUCGUUGAUUCUUUUUUUAAAAAAAAACCAUCAAAGCAGAUAAAAGAAUAAAAUCAUCAUUGAAAAAAUAACGGCAAUCAUUUACGACUUUAGAUGAGCUGAAAUGACAGUAGACAAAAAACAAGUUAAAAUUCACACCAGAUUUCUAAGCAUCCGGGUGGGCUUGUCUAAACAAGAACGUUUCCAGCAAGCGCUGAAAAGAGUGCAGUAUGACAAGAGGCAGGGAGUUCCAAAGUGAAGGCAGAGCCACACUAAAGGCUUGAGUUCCUACUAAACACAGAACGGAUUUUACGUGGCACUUGGAACAGGGCCAGUUCUGUGAAUGGGAGCGGUCUGGAGGCAGCCCUGUUUAGGGAAGCUUUUAAUGUUUAACAGACUAUUAUAUUUUAAUAUUUUGUUGGAAGCUGCCCAGAGUGGCUGGGGAAACCCAGCACAUGGGCGGGGUAUAAAUAAUAAAAUAGUAUUAUUAUUAUUAUUAAUAAUAAUAAUAAUAAUAAUAGUUGUGUGUCUCUGGGUCAGGUGAUCUCACGGGUCCCACGUUGCGAAGGACCUUACAGACUAAUAGUAAGCCCUUGACGUUGGUCUGGUAGCCACUGGGCAACCAGGACAGAUCUCUGGGCAUCGGAAGCGCCAUGUUCCGACAGGGUCUUUCUUCUGCCAGCCGUUCUGCCCUUAGAAAGCCUCCUCCUUCUGUUCCAAUUCCUGCCCAGUCAAGGCUUUGCAGGUGUGGCUCCUUCGUCUGGACUCCCGUUUCUUUGUCCUGUGGCCCAUUUGGGAUCUGGCUGCGGGGACCUCCCUGGCAUGGCUUUUCGCGAGAACCCAAGAUGCCCCCUCUGGCUCAGGCCAAAGGGGGCCCAUCUGCUCCAGCUUCCCGUUCUCCCAGGGACCAACCGGGUGCCUAUUAUGGGAAGCCAGCAAGCAGGACUCAGCAAGGGCGAGAUUUGCCAGGAUUAAUAGGUGAAGCUAGAAAUGGGCUUCUUCCUUGAGAGACACUGGGCAGAGGCGUCUCACCCUCCUGCUUCUUUGCCUCUCUCCCCCAACCAGGGGUCGAGGAGAAGAAGAAGCCAAGCCAGGCCCAGCAAGCGGACACAACUGAGGCUGGCGACGACGACGACGACGAUCUGGAAGACGAAAGUUCAGAGCCUGCUAAGCCAGCAAGGCAGGGCAGGUGAGCUCAAGGGGUUUGCUCCGGAGGACCCAGGACGGGCUCACUCUGCUGCUGACGGGGGGAUCGGGGGGGGGCACACUAAGCCGCCCUCUGUGCCACCCUAAGAGGAACAGCUAUGUGGAGUUAUUGUAUGUCACAUGCCUGUUUACAUUCCAGCACAGCCUGCUGGGAACUUCCCUUGUGUAUAGCUUUUGCUUAUGCUUUUUGCUUGGACACGAAGGGGAGCAGACAUGUUUUUCCUUUGUCCUGAUGCUGAAUAAACUGCUUGUAAAUACGCUUGACAUAUGCCUCUCUCUGCCCUUCCGUUGCAAAGAGUUCUUAUCUCUGCUGGCUUGCAUGCUCAGCUUCUGAAGCUCUGAGUCGCAGUUUGAUGCAGAACCAAGGACCGGAGUUCGCCCCGCUGCCGGCCGGUGGGCUGGGGCCUGCCAAUUGCCCCCAUUUCCUUGGACGCAGCCCAACACCAAAUUCCUGCUCUCUCUCUGCCAGCAGGCAGCGGCAGGGCUGCCUCUGGCUUCCUCCCUCUGCCCAAAUCCAGCCAGCUCCGAGAUUCCAGAACCCCAGAGUUAAGCCCUUUGGGAGCAGAGUUCAGCUGCCUGCUUCUGACCGCUCUUUCCUUGCGUGAUUUCGCGGACAGGUACUUUGAGCAGCUCGCUCCACCGCCUGCAGAUAGCGAGGAGGAGGAGGAGGAGGAGGAAGAGCAAGAGACGCAGGACUCCGAUGAGGAAGAGGGGGAGCCUGGCAAAGCCAUGAGCUCUGAUGAGGAGGAGGAGGAAGAAGAUGACGACGACGAGGAAGAUGAAGAAGGUUGGUUUUGCCAUUUCUGAGGGGUUGGAUGCCAGGGCAGGUGGCAAACCCUUAAAAAGCUGGCGCCAGGAGAGACCUGUUGGGUCUGGUUAAAAAAUCAAUUUCAACCCAGUAUUUCUCUUUCCGAAAGCUGCCAGCCCCCGCGUGAAAUUUCAUGGCCUCUGCUGGGAACUUGGCCCUCCUCCGCCUUGGACUUUGGAGACUGGGCACUGCCACCUUGCCCAGUGAGAGCGGCAUCAUAAUAAUAUUUACCAAAGAUUCCUGCAUUGCUGAGGGUUGGACUGGAUGACCCUCGGGGUCCCUUCCAACCAUUCUGUGGCCUGCUCUUGCCUUUGGAGAACACCUUGCUCAUGAUUUCCCUCUCCCCGGUCUGCUCCCGUUCCAGAAGCUGGCGUCCCUUCGAAGCGGAAAAAAGUCCAGAAGCUCCCAUCAGACGUCACCGAAGGAAGGACCGUCUUCAUCAGGUGGGCGGAGGCCAUGGGCACAGCAUCGCCUUGGGAGAGACGCCAGGAGGCCUGCUGCCCUGCUCUUUCUGCAUCCUCACGGGGCUUAGAGAACCCUGCUCCAGCGUACAUUUAUGGCUGUUUCUCCUUACUACUUUUUAAGCUGAUUAGCUGCCUAUCAUCUGAACGUCUCCAAGUGACUCACAGCAAAAUAUCUAUCUGUAGACAUCUGUAAUACCAUAUGGGAAGGAAGGGAAAACGGGAUGGGGUCAUUCCAUGCAUCAAUAUAUCGUUUAACAUUCUGCAUUGCGGGGGGUUGGAAUAACAUUGAUGCUAACCCUUAGGAUCUUAACAUUCUCAACAAGUGCAAAUAUUUAUCUUUUCCUAAAAAUCAACACAAGUUUAACAAGUGUCAGGUUUGUUCAGCAGCAAUCAUGUGAGUGCUUCCGUGGUUGAUACUAGCCCUUAAGAUCUUAAUAUUCUCAACAGGUAAAAAGGGUGUUAUUGGGUUGUUACUUUUAUUUUGAUUAUAUAUAUAUUGUGGUUUUUAUGUUGAUCUUUUCUGCAAACAGCCCUGAGACCUCUGGGUAUAGGGCGGAAUAUACCGUAUUUUUCACUCUAUAAGACUCAUUUUUCCCUCCUAAAAAGUAAGGGGGAAUGUGUGUGCAUCUUAUGGAGAGAAUGCAGGCUGCGCGGCUAAGCCAGAAGCCAGAACAGCGAGAGGGAUCGCUACGCAGUGCUCCCUCUUGCUGUUCUAGCUUCUGGCUUCGCCAUGCGAAGCCUCUUCGGGGCACGGGGAGCCUUCAUCCUGCUGCCCUGUGGAGGCUUCGCGCGGCUCUUGCUGGCUUUUGCGGGAGCUGGGGGAAGGGACUCCACCUCCUGGAAAAGCCCGCAAGAGCUGUACUCCCUUUAAAGAGCCGCGCUGAGCGUGUGGUCGGCUCUUGGGGGCUUUUCCCUGAGGAGGAAAAGUCUGCAAGCGCCGCACACGUGCUCCUCACUGCUUCUGAAAGGGAGCGCUGAGCAGAGCCUGGGAUGCAUGCAUGCUCUGCUCAGCGCUCCCUUAAAAGAAUAUAUUUUUUUCUUGCAUUCCCCCUCUAAAAACUAGGUCCGUCUUAUGGAGCGAAAAAAUACAGUAAAUUCAAUAAAAAACAACAACAAUAUUUUCAUAUUUAUCAUUAUCAUGAAAUCAAAAGCAUGUUGUUGUUUUUUAUCCCGUGCAAAGGCUUUUUGCCAGUCCGCCCUUGCUGGGGGCCCCUGGACAUGUUUUUCCACUGGGACCCAAACCCGCUCUUGUUGUCCCUGGGUGUGGGGCGCAUCUUCACGUGCCCCCUGCUUCCCCCCUAGGAAUUUGUCCUUCGACAGCGAGGAGGAGGAGCUGGGGGAGCUGCUGGAGCAGUUUGGAGAUCUGAAGUACGUGCGGAUCGUGCUUCACCCGGACACGGAGCACUCCAAAGGUAAUGGGGGUGAGACCGGGGGGGGGGGGCGGGUUGGAGGGGAGGGGGGCAGACUGAGCCAGAAUAAUUUUGUAUUAGGCGGGGAGGGGCGGAGUCCUCGGAGACCUGAGUUCAGAUCCCGCCUCAAAAGUAGCAACUAAAAAAUAUCUCUUUUUUUGUCCUUCAGGGGGUGUCUGUAUUAUAUCUGUUUACAUAAACAUUGUUGGGGUUGCAUCAUUCUCCUUAUUUUGACCUUUAUUUUUGCCAAGAACACAUUCGCACAAUAACUGUGUUUUAUAUAAGAGGCCACUACCAUCAUGAACUAUACAGCACUGAGGGGGUAAUUUUCUGGUAUUAGAAAAGGUGUGGAAAUUGAGCGUGUGCCAAAUAAUGGCCUCUCCUUCCUGGGAGGUUUUUAAGCAGAGGCUGGGUAGCCGUCUGUCAGGGAUGCUUUAGCUGAGAUGCCUAUUUAAUUAAAUCCAACGCAGAUAUAUUUCUUCCUUUCUUGGCCGUUACUAUUGAGAAAUGUCCAAGAAUCAUUGCUUACGUAAUCUGUUACACACUUCGAUGGUAUGUACAGCCUCUGUAUCUUCUAAUGUUUGAUAAUGCUUAAUAAUGUAUGAACUCUGUUUUUUUUUUGUUUUUUUUUUAAAAUAAUUUUUUAUUAAGGUUUUAAACAAAGAAAAAAGAAAAACAACACACACAAAAAACAAUACAAAACUUAACAAUAAAAACGAAACAUAACAAUUAAAAACAAACUCUCUUUUCCAUUUCCAAUUUUAGAUUACUUAUUUUCUGGACUUCCUCAUAACUCCUUUUUUUGUAUUCCAAUCUACAUUAUUUGUCCAGCAGUUUCUUUUCCACUUUUUUAAUCCCAAUCUUUAAUUUAAUAAAAUGUUAAAAUAUAUAACUUCAGCUGUUUUAAACCUAAUCCUUGCUCUUAAUGUCAUAUAGCUUUAAAUUUUUCCCUUUUAUUAUCAAAUUUCCAACUCUGUUUUUAGUCACGAUGUGACAGAUUUAUAUUUGUAGUUUCUACAUAUCAAAUAUUAAACCUUGUAUUUGCUUUUAAUGUUUAAUAUAUUACUGUAUUUUAAUAUUCUGUUGGAAGCCGCCAAGAGUGGCUGGGGAAACCCAGCCAGAUGGGCAGGGUAUAAAUAAUAAAUUAUUAUUGUUAUUAUUAUUAUUAAGCGUUCAUAUUUAUAUUAUGUAGAACUAUUAACAGCUGAAAAGGGACACGGGUGGCGCUGUGGGUUAAACCACAGAUCUAGGACCUGCCGAUCAGAAGGUCAGUGGUUUGAAUCCCCGCGACGGGGUGAGCUCCCGUUGCUCGGCCCCUGCUCCUGCCAACCUAGCAGUUCGAAACCAUGUCAAAAUGCAAGUAGAUAAAUAGGUACUACUCCGGCGGGAAGGUAAAUGGCAUUUCCGUGCGCUGUUCUGGUUCGCCAGAAGCUGCUGUCAUGCUGGCCACAUGACCCGGAAGCUGUACGCUGGCUCCCUUGGCCAAUAAAGUGAGAUGAGCGCCGCAACCCCAGAGUUGGCCAUGACAGGACCUAAUGGUCAGGGGUCCCUUUACCUUUACCUUUAUUAACAGCUGAGGAAGCCCUUUGGGGUGAAACAAGGAAAUAUCCAGAAACCUUGUUCUGCCCUCUCCCCUACCCAGCUGCCAGAGCCAGCCUGCCUGUGUCUGCUACCCAUGCUAGCCAACCUCAUCAGCUGUAUUGCCCGUGACAUUCCGGGUACCUUUCCUUAACCACAUUCAAGGACUGUGUAAUAUAUGAACUCAAAGAAGAAUGUAUGAAGAAAGGAAGAAAUAUAUCUGCCUUGGAUUUAAUUAAAUAGGUUAUAUACCUUGCUUAAGGAUUGUAUAAGUUGUUCAUCCUGGACUUGAUUCGUAUGAUAGGAAGGAACUAGUAAAGACAUUUGUUAGAAACAUGACCACGAAGCCUGUCGCACUCUAUACAGUCAUACCUCGGGUUACAGCCGCUUCAGGUUGAGUUUUUUCAGGUUACGGACGCGCCGAAACCCGGAAGUACCAGAACGGGUUACUUCUGAGUUUUGGCGGUCGCGCAUGCGCAGAAGCACUAAAUCGCACUGUGUACAGAAGCGCCAAAUCACAACCCGUGCUUGCGCAGACGCGCCACUGUGGGUUGUGAAUGUGCAUCCCACACGGAUCACAUUCGCAACCCGAGCGUCCACUGUAUGCUGUAACUAUUGCAUCUGUGUAACAAGGUACAGUGGUACCCCGAUUGUGAACGGGAUCCGUUCCGGAGGACUGUUUGCAACCUGAAAAGAAAGCAACUCACAUCUGCAUGUACGCUGGUUGCAAUUUGCCACUUCUGCGCAUGCGUGUGACAUCAUUUUGAACAUCUGCGCAUGUGCGAGCGGCGAAACCUGAAAGUAACCCUUUCUGGUACUUCCGGGUCACCGCAGGAUGCAACCUGGAAAAACGGAGCCUAAAGUGGUUUAACCCGAGGUAUGACUGUAUUAAGGGACACGGGUAGUGCUGUGGGUUAAACCACAGAGCCUAGGGCUUGCCGAUCAGAAGGUUGGUGGUUCAAAUCCCUGCAACAGGGUGAGCUCCCGUUGCUCGGUCCCUGCACCUGCCAACCUAGCAGUUCAAAAGCAUGUCAAAGUGCAAGUAGAUAAAUAGGUACCACUCCGGCGGGAAGGUAAACGGCAUUUCUGUGCACUGCUCUGGUUCACCAGAAGCAGCUUAGUCACACUGGCCACAUGAUCCGGAAACUGUACGCCGGCUCCCUCGGCCAGUAAAGCGAGAUGAGCGCUGCAACCCCAGAGUCGUCUGUGACUGAACCUAACGGUCAGGGGUCCCUUUACCUAUGACUGUAUUUGUUUAGCUGAGAUUCCUGCAUUCCUUGAGGUCCCUCCCAAGUCUACAGUUCUAGGAUGCCAUGGGUCACUGUAAGACAGCUUCCUAAACAUGCCUCUCUGCUCCCCACUCCCCCAAAUCCCACCACCAGGCUGUGCCUUUGCCCAGUUCCUGUCCCAGGAAGCUGCCCAGAAGUGCCUUCAAGUGGCUCAGGAUGAGAGCGAGGUGAGAGUUUCCGGCAGGGUGGGAGCGUGGUAGUUUCUUCUGCCUCCACCGGGACUGGCUCGGCCUGUCUCUGGCAGCGCCCGUGGGUGCCCCUUCCUUGCCUCCCUGCCUCUCACUGUCUCUCCUUCUCCCCGGAAGGGUGGGGGGCUGCACCUGGGGGGCCGCCGCCUGCGAGUGGACCUGGCCGUCAGCCGGGAGGAAGCCCAGCAGUUGCGGAGCCAGAAGACGAAGAAACCCACCGGCACCCGGAACUUGUACCUGGCGCGCGAAGGCCGUGAGUGCAAAGGAGGCGGCUGGGCGGGGCUGGAUUCACCUGGGCUCACCUUGCCUUGUGUGCAGGGCGACGGGGGCGUGUUCAUUCCCAUGUGGAAGGGGCUUGAGGUGGCGGCAGGCUCUCCUUCCUUGGAGGUUUUUAAGCAGAGGUUGGGUGGCCCUGUGUCGGGGUUCUUUAGCCACGAUUCCUGCAUUGCAAGGGGUUGGGCUAGAUGACCUGUGAGGGUCCCUUCCCAGUCUGUGAUUCUGUCCUGCUUUUCAAUGCUCUUCUUUCCUCUGCAGUGAUCCGUGCUGGCACAAAAGCCGCCGAGGGGAUGAGCGAGGCUGACCUGGCCAAGAGGGCACGGGUAAGUUCUCUCUCUCUCUCUCUCUCUCUCUCUCUCUCUGUGUGUGUGUGUGUGUUUCUGUGUCUGUUGUUGUUGUUGUUUAGUCGUUUAGUCGUGUCCGACUCUUUGUGACCCCCUGGACCAGAGCACGCCAGGCACUCCUGUCUUCCUCUGCCUCCCGCAGUUUGGUCAAACUCAUGCUGGUCGCUUCGAGAACACUGUCCCACCACCUCAUCCUCUGUCGUCCCCUUCUCCUUGCGCCCUCCAACUUUCCCAACAUCAGGGUCUUUUCCAGGGAGUCUUCUCUUCUCAGGAGGUGGCCAAAGUCUUGGAGCCUCAGCUUCAGGAUCUGUCCUUCCAGUGAGCACUCAGGGCUGAUUUCCUUCAGAAUGGAGAGGUUGGAUCUUCUUACAGUCCAUGGGACUCUCAAGAGUCUCCUCCAGCACCAGAAUUCAAAAGCAUCCAUCCUUCGGAUAUCAGCCUUCUUUAUGGUCCAGCACUCACUUCCAUACAUCACUACUGGGUGUCUGUGUCUAGCCCAGCCUUUCUCAAGCUUGGGAUUACAACUCCUAUCAUCUCUGACCACUGGUCCUGCUUGCAAGGGCUGAUGGGAGUUGUAGGCCCACAUCUGGGGACCCAAGGCUGAGAAAGGCUGGCCUAGAAGCUAGACAUGGCUGCAAGCUUUCCCUCCUUAAGGAUGCCAGAAGACCCCUGCUGGGCCAGGUCAAGGGGGGUCUGCUGAAUCUAGCCCAUGGGUAGGCCAACUAAGGCCCGGGGGCCGGAUGCGGCCCAAUCGCCUUCUCAAUCUGGCCCGCAGACGGUCCAGGAAUCAGCGUGUUUUUACAUGAGUAGAAUGUGAGCUUUUAUUUAAAAUGCAUCUCUGGGUUAUUUAUGGGGCAUAGGAAUUUGUUCAUUUCCACCCUCCAAAAAAUGCGCCCCCCCACAAGGUCUGAGGGACAGUGGACCGGCCCCCUGCUGAAAAAGACCCCUGAUCUAGCCUGUCUCUGAUGGACAGGAUCCCUCUGCUGCUUAUGAAUCCCUGCCCCUCGCACACAGGGCCCCCCUGAGGCCCCAGACUCUCCACGUAGCAAGAGGACAUCGUUGUGUAGUUGUGGAGAGCCAAAAAUUUUGCCGAAUCUCUCUCUUUCUUUCUUUCUUUUUUCCUGUUUAUUUCCCACAUGAUCCCUGUUCUGCAUUUGUUUACUGUGGCAGCCCUUACAACUCUGGAACUCCUUGCCUGUUGAGACGCAGAAGGCGACUUCACUGUCUUCUUUUCAGCUCUUGCUAAAACCAUUCUUGUUUAGGAAAACCUGCCCAGUUGCUUAGGAAGUUGACGGGAGUUAAAUUUUUAAAAAACUAUUUUAAACUUUUGUAUUCUUUACACAGUUCUUGAUUUUAUUGUUUUAUCCUUUUUUUAACCGCUUUGAGUGGCGUUUUUUUUUAACACUCAAACAGCAUACGAACUUUAUGAAUCACACGCUGUUUGACUGUAAAAAAACAACAAGCCUCGAAGCAAUUUACGAAACAAUAGAAGUCUAGAAAAGUUUGCAACAUACAGAAAGUUACAGCCACUAGAUAACAGACUAAAACAAAUCAAAAUCCCCGCACACUUUCUAAACAUCUGGGUGAGCUCCUCUAAACACAAAUGUUUUGAGCAGGCCCUGGAAAGUGUUUGGUACCUGAUAUCAAUUGGCAGGGAGUUCCAAAGUGUAGAUGGAGUUCUUGCCAACAUGGAAUGGCUAUUAAGUGGCAGCACCCGUUCCUUAAGUCGAAGUGGUCCAGAGAUUGUCUAUGGGACAAGGCGAUCUCGUGGUCCCAGGUCGUUGAGGUCUUUGCACGCUCCUUGGCCUGCUAGAAAAUCGGCAAGGUGUCCGUCAGCAAUUGGCAGCAGCAUCCUGCAUGCACUGCAGCUUCUGGCUCAAGUGCGAAGGAAGUCCCACAUAGAGCGCAUUGCAGGAAUCCUGUUGUGAAGUAACCGACGCAUGAACUCCUGCAGUUGAGCUCAGAGUUGGGGUGCGGGACGAGGUGCUGCUUGAGAGAUCUGCGAUUCCUGCAUCGCAGGGGGUCAGAAUAGAUGAUCGUCAGGGAUCCCUUCCCACCUGGCAGUUCUGUGAUUCUGUGAAAGAAGAAGAAUAAUUUAUUAUUUAUACCCUGCCCAUCUGACUGCGUUUCCCCAGCCACUCUGGGCGGCUCCCAACAGAAUAUUAAAAACACACUAAAACUUCAAACAUUAAAAACUUCUCCAAACAGGGCUGCCUUCAGAUGUCUUCUAAAAGUCAGAUAGUUGUCUAUUUCCAGGGCGGGUACCACUACCAAGAAGGCCCUGUGCCUGGUUUCCUGUAACCUCACUUCUAGCAGAGAGGUCCUCUGCGCUGGACCUCAGUGUCUGGGCAGAACAAUGGGGUGGAGACGCUCCUUCAGGUAUACUGGGCUGAGGCCGUGUAGGGCUUUCAAGGUCAGCACCAACACUUUGAAUGGGGCUGGGAAACAUCCUGGGAGCCAAUGUAGGUCUUUCCAGACCAGUGGUGUUAUGUGGUCUUGGCGGCCGCUCCCAGUCACCAGUCUAGCUGCCACAUUCUGGAUUAGGUGUAGUUUCCAGGUCACCUUCCAAGGUAGCCCCAUGGAGAGCGCAUGGCAGUAGUCCAAGCGGGAGAUAACCAGAGCAUGCACCACUAUGGCGAGACAGUCUGCGGGCAGGGAGGGUCUCAUCCUGCGUCCCAGAUGGAGCUGGUAGACAGCCGCCCUGUAUGCAGUUGCAAUCAAAAUUCAUUCAACCCCCCAGGUUUCUUAUCAAAAUUUACAGACCUUCAGCUGUUUGCAAUGAGCAAAUCAAACAAAAGCCCGUGAAAUAGCUCAGCUACCUAACACAAAGGACGCGGGAGAUCACCUGCAGAAGCAGGGGAGUCUUCCAGGCAGAGCGGUGGGCUGGCUUUCUCCCCUUGCCCCCCGCCAUCCUGCCUGCCUGCUCCGCCUCGCAAGGCUGUGUUGACCCCUCCUUUUCCCUCCCCCAGUUUGAGGAGCUGAAGCGUCACAAGCUGAAGGACCAGAACAUCUUCGUGUCUCAGACCAGGCUCUGCGUCCACAACCUGCCCAAAGGCGUCGACGACGUCCGGCUCCGGAAGCUGAUGCUUCAGGCGGCCAAGGGAAGCCCCGGCGUCCGGCUCAAGGAGGUGAGCCUGCCUCUCAGCGCAGCCCACCCCGCAGGGGGGUGGCAGGGAUUAAGCGGGGAGGGGUGGCAGGGAACCAGCAUCGCCACCCUGGAGGAAAAGCUGGGGAUGAAAUGACAAAACGGCUCCCGUCACUCAGAUCUCCUGCCAAGAACCACCUGUUGAGCUUCUGGCUUCAUCCUCGUCACGGACGCUUGAGCUGAGAUUCCUGUCUUGGACUCAGGGUGGACUUGAUUUAAAGCAAAUUGAUUUAAAUCUCGACUUAAUUCACUAGUCAGUAAGACUUGAUUUAAAUCACUAGUCCGUAAGACUUGAUUUAAAUGAUUUUUUAACGGAAAGAUUCGUUCCUGCUGGUAUAAUCUUAAUAUUUACAACCAGACGAAGGUUUCAUUUUUGGAAUAAUAAAUGUUCAGGGUAGUUAUUACAGUUAUAUCAAAAACCACUGGUUUGGUUGUACUAUUAAGAAACACAUAGACAGAUAAUUAUGAAAUUAUUGUGAGGUUUAAUAAGUUAACCGUUUAUAUCUGGACAACUUUCUGCUGUACUUUAUUGGAAGGAGAAAAAUAAUCAUUUCCUUAAUAACAGUUUAAACAAUUUAUUUAACUAAAACAAUAACAUUAUAGCAUAUGUACCCAUGCUUGUUAACUGAUGUGGUUAAACUUUUUUUUUUUUAAAAAAAAGAAAACAGACUUGAGUUUUAGCCCACAUGAAAAACCUAAAAUAAAUCCUUAUUUCCUGAUGAAUAGCCUUUGGACUAUCAUGUAACUUAAAUAGAAAAUCUUUAGAAAGGUUUUUCCUCCAAAAGCAUUUUAUUUUGAAAAUCCAACUUAAAUAAAAAAAAAUCUGAUUUAAAUGAAAAAUUCUGAUUAUUUUUUUUUUUAAAACCCAUUGAUUUUUAUCCACCCGGGUUGGACUAGAUGACCCUUGGUUCCCUUCCAGUUCUGCGAUUCUCUCUCUCUCUUUCUCUCCAGUGCCGUGUGAUGCGGGACCUGAAGGCGCCCGCUGGGAAGGGGAAGGGCCAGUCGCUGGGCUAUGCCUUUGUGGAGUUCCAGGAACACGAGCAGGCCCUGGCUGCCCUGCGACACCUCAACAACAACCCCCAGGUCUUUGGGGACCAGAAGGUAAGGUUCCUCCCCUCCCCGUUCCUUCCAGACGGGGCACCGGAAAGAGGUGGGGCAGACUCACAGGGGAGAGGGCUAUAGAAUAUCAGUUUCUGGAGCGCGUUGCUAGUUUCCCUUGGGGGCACCUGGCUGCCCCCGUGAGAGCAUUGGGCCCGACUCACCUGGUCUUCUCAGGCUGCCCUUUCUCCCCGCAGCGUCCCAUCGUGGAAUUCUCCCUGGAGGACCGCCGGAAGUUGAAGCUGAAGGAGCAGCGAGCCCAGCGCAGCCUGGUAGGAAUAAUAAGAAUAAGAAUACUCCACCCAUCUGGCUGAGGAGCAGGAGGUACCCUAGAACCCUGCAGAGUUGGAGGGGACUAGAUGACCCUCGGGGGUCCCUUCCAACUCUACGGUUCUACGAUUCUUGGAAUAUUGCAAACGGCUCUGUGAUCGUGAUGCAAGAUUUUGUUUUCAUUUCACUUCCGUUUGUAUACUGCCUUUCUAUAUUACUUUGCGUAAGGCAGUCUGCAAGCUGAGGAAACAACGAAAUAGGCAGCAGAGAUCGCAAAACGUCUGUUCCAGGUGUAAAAAUAGUCAUACUGUAAUCACAACUUUGAAAUAAGCAACUUACCUCAAAUAAGGCAAUAUUCAAUAAUCCAUAAUAAUAAUAAACGGUAAAGAACCAUCACAUAAUAAUUAAACAGUUUACACUUAACAGUUACAAUAAAGAAUUACCAAACUAUAAUAAAAAAUAAUAAUGGGUGAGGGGGAUAUUUGGUAUUUGAAAGAGAAGUGGGUGCCCUCCCUCGCUGAGCUCCCUUGGGGUCCUGCAGUGGGGCAAACCUUCCCUGUCCCCCCCCCUUUUCUCCUGUGCAGCAAAAGCUGAGGCAGAAGCAGCCCCCCGAGGAGGUGGCCGGCAAGCAGCCCAACGCCAGCACCUCCGAAAAGCCGGCCAGAAGGCGGAAGAAGAAGCCCCCCAAGGCCAAAGAAGCGGAGGGGGCUUCUCAGGGGCACGAGGACCCGCCAGAGCCCCCCGAGAAGAAGCCCAGGGUCUCCCCGGCAGCCAAGCAGCAGCGUCUGGAAGCCCCCCGGCCGGCGGAGGGGGCCGUACCCUGGGCGGGUUUCCAGACGCGGGCGGAAGUGGAACAGGUGGAGCUGCCGGACGGCAGGAAGCGACGCAAAGUCCUGCCUCUGCCCUCCAAACGGGGGCCCAAGAUCAGGUAACAGCCAAAACAAGAAGGGGGGGGGAGUAUAUGAGCCUAUGGGGGGGGGAAGCAGGGCGCUGCCGCCACCACCCACAGACAUCCCCCUGCUCUGUGUCAAGGCCUCAGGACUCGCCUGCCUGCCCCCUGCCUCAGUUUCCCUUCCGUCUUUGCCCUUCUCUCCCCCCCCCCCCGUUUCCAGGAGUUUUCCCGCUACGGGAGCACAGAGAAAGGGCCAUGUUCCAUCAUGUGCAUCCUUUCGGGGGGGGCAUGUCCCCGUGGGGGGCAGGGCAAGGUGGAGAAGUGGGCGGAGCAAUGGGGGCAGUUCUGGCACGGAGGGGGGGGCAUUCUGGCCACUUGGAAAGCGGCGGUUUUUGCAGCCCUUUCCUUCCGGGCAAGGAAGAAGCGCCAUCCCAGUUGUGGGAUGUGUUGCAGCCGGGCGAGGGCGCUGGAGGGAGAGGGUCUCUGGGGGGGGGCGCAUUUGGCCCCUGCGCUCCAGGAUCCCCACAGGGCAGGGUCUGGUCAGGGGGCUACCCAGAGCCUGUCUCCCUGGGGGUGUGGUGUGCAUUGAAGGGGGAGAGGGAGCUGGAGGGGAGUUGGGAAGGUGUUCCUGGCGGGGGGUGAAUCAGCAGCCCCCUCUGGGGUCCUGGGUCUCCCCCGGAUCAGGGAGAGCAGCCGUGGCCAGGUCUCUCCCUCCGUCUGCUGAGCUGCGUCUCUCUCUUGGCAGGAAGCGGGACAAGGGAAGAGUGAAGCCCCCCACAAAGAAGAUGGCCCCCUCUGGCCCAACGCGCAGGCAGGAGAAGAUCAGCCAGGGGCCCAAGCAGGUCAGUCGGUUGUGGGGAAAUGGGGGGGGCGGCCUCUUUCAUGCCAACAGCCAAGGGUUGGUCAAGAUUUACAGGACUGCCUCUCCUGGUCUGCCCUGCAGAGGACCUUAAGGUCCAUGAAUAAUCAUAGUUUAGAGGUCCCAGGCCCUAAGGAAGUCAGACUAUCCUCCACCAGGGCCAGAGCCUUUUCAGUGAUGGCUCCGACCUAGUGGAAUGCUCUGUCCCAUUAGACCAGGGCUCUGCAGGAUUUAACCUCCUUCCGCCGGGCCUGUGAGACAAUAAAACAGAAGGGUGUGAUGGGUUUUAAGGUAAAGGUAAAGGGACCCCUGACCAUUAGGUCCAGUCGUGGCUGACUCUGGGGUUACGGCACUCAUCUCGCUUUCUUGGCCGAGGGAGCCGGCGUACAGCUUCUGGGUCAUGUGGCCAGCAUGAGUAAGCCGCUUCUGGCGAACCAGAGCAGCGCAUAGAAAUGCCAUUUACCUUCCCCCCAGAGCAGUACUUGCACUUUUGAAGUGCUAGGUUGACAGGAGCAGGGACCGAGCAACGGGAGCUCACUCUGUCGUGGGGAUUCGAACUGCCGACCUUCUGAUCGGCAAGCCCUAGGUUCUGGUUUAAUCCACAGCACCACCCGCGUCCCACGUGAUGGGUUUUAGGAGCCCCUUAAUGCCUGAUGGAAUCCAGUUAGCUCAGCUGGUUGGAGCGUGGUUGGUGCCGAUAAUGCCACGGUCGCGGGUUCAGUCCUUGGACUAGAUGACCCUCGAGGUCCCUUCCGACGGCAGUUCUACGAUUCUGUGAAUGGACGGGUCUCUAGGAGGUGAUAGAAGCUUGCCUCCGUUUAUUCCUUGCAAACAGCACGCAGAAGGGUGUUUUGACCAUCAGCCCUGACCUUCCUGAAACCAGCUGAGGGCCCCAUGUUCCCCAUCCCUGGCUUGAAAGAUGAAGCCAGCCAAUGGGAUUUUUUGGGGAGGGGGCAAGGCAACUUCCGCAUGGAUCCCCGUAACCCAGAGCUGAAACUGCAAAAAUCGGAGAAGCUCUGGAAACCUGGUGGAUAUGCCUGUCUUCUGACCCAUUUGCAGAACCCUAGAAUUUUGCAGAGGAGAGGGACCCCGGGGUCCAACCCGCUGCGAUGCAGGAAGGUUAUGCUGGACAGAUUUCUCCUCCCCGGGGAAGGGGGUGCCGGAGAUCAAACCUCCUUUGCUGCUUUCCACCGGCUCGCUCCUCCCCUCUCCCCUGCCCCCCGACUUUGCCCGAGUGCCUCUGCCCCCAACCUCCCUGUCCAAACCGUGGGGCGCCCCCUUCCUGACGCAGCUCUCCUCCUCCUUCCUCUCGCAGGCGCCCAGGAAGCAACCUCGGGGGAAGCGCAGCCAGGCGGAGACCCGCUUUGAGCAGCUGGUGGAGCAGUACAAACGCAAGAUCCUGGGCGGCGGCGGUGGCAGCAACAAGGCUUCGUCAUCAGCCAGGAGGAGCAAAUGGUUUGAGGGCUGAGGGAAGCCCUGGGGGAGACCGGGGGGCGGGGGGAGAGGGACGGCUGGCUGGGGCUGAGCCCAAGCAAGGGCAGCGUCCACCCCUCCACCCCCAUCUCUGCCAUUUCGGACUACUGGACUGUGCAAGGAAGCAGCCAAGAGCCUCCUGAGCUCUCUUUUCAGGGGUGCAUAGAGGGGGGGGUCUGGUCCCCAAGGUGCCCCCCCCUUGCUGGCCCAGGCUAGUGGGCAGAUUUUUUGGGAAGCGCUUGCAGGACCCAGGAUCAGGGAGAGACGCACACACCAGCGGAACAGGGUGAAAAUUUGCCCCAUAUAUUUUUGCCAUCUCUGACCAAGAGAGGCCCGUGUUGUUAUAUCGCAAACAUUUUUUAAUAAAAGAGUUUUAUUAAAAAUCUACCUUCCCCCCCCCCCCCCAGGAACAGAGGGAAUCUCUGGGAACCACCUCCCUCGCUCAGUCCCAGAACAGGGCUGGGGGGAGGCUCUCUGCCCCUCCAGAUGUCGCCGGCCCCCCACUGCCCUCCACCUCUGGGCAUGGUUGGCUAGCAGGAGGGCAUGGGGGCGGCAGGCCACCUCUGGCUUGCUCUCUCUCUCCCCCUCCCCUGAUCCCCUCCCAGCCCAAAGUCCUGCUGGGUUUUUUUACUGUUUCACUUUCAUUUAUUGUAAAACUGCCAACCACAUUUGGGGGGGGGGCAGAGAGAAGUUGAGUGGCAGUGUGGUGCAGUGGUCAGAGUAGUUUGACUACAGGGACCUGGUAGAGAUCAGGGUUCGAAUGCUCCCACUCGGCCGUGCAGCUCCCCAGGUGUGUGACCUUUGCAGGAUGAGUGCCGCUCCUGCCUCUCAGCCUCACCUACCUUACAGGGCUGCAGUGGGGAUAACGCCUGGGAGCCCCUUGGAAGGAAAAAAGGUGUAAUGAAUAUAUAAAUGAGCAGCAUCUUCCAGUUGGCCCUGGCAGGAUCCUUCUCACGCUGGUUGGAGGUCAUGUGUGCACGAGAUCGAAUCCACCCUUGCUCCUUCAGAUUUCUCCUGGGAUGUCCCAGCAACCCAAGGCCGGGCGUGGUGGAGCGCCAAAAUCCUUCCAGCGGUUGCGCGCACGGAAAUAUUGCCACAAGCGCAACUGCCCAUCCCCAAAUCUGUUCCUAACAGAUGUUUGUGGACUCCAGCUCCCGUCAGCUCCCAGCCAGCACAGCCAGGACCGGCUGUUAGGUAUCUCAGGCUUUCUGUAUGUGGGGUUCAGGGAAGCCAUCGCCACAUUCAAAGGGUUUGAGAAAUGCAGCUUCUUAAAUCCCAGCCCUGCAAUGUGCUCUCUGUGGGGCUUCCUGUGCAUUUGACCACGAGGCCGCAGGGAGUGCAGGAUGCUGCAGCGCAAUUGCUGCCAGGAGGGAGGCCUUGCCAGCUGAAAACACCCGUGCUUGCCCCUGGUUGCCCAUUUGUUACUCGGCCAAGUUCAAGGUGCUAAUAAUAAUAAUAAUAAUACAGAGGUGCCUCGCAAGACGAAAUUAAUUCGUUCCGCGAGUUUUGUCGUCUUGCGGUUUUUUUCGUCUUGCGAAGCACGGUGUUGGGAAAGUUUUGGAAAAGCUUCAAAAAUCACCAAAGUCUUUAAAAACCUCAAAAAAGGCUACCACACCGCGUUCUAUGAGUUCCUCCUCGAAGUCAAGUCACAACUGUAUUAACGGUGUUAAGAAAAAGGAAACAAACUUGCAAGACGUUUCCGUCUUGCGAAGCAAGCCCAUAGGGAAAAUCGUCUUGCGAAGCAGCUCAAAAAACAAAAAACCCUUUUGUCUAGCGAGUUUUUUGUCUUGCGAGGCAUUCGUCUUGCGAGGUACCACUGUAAUUUAUUUAUACCCAUCUGGCUGAGUUUCUCCAGCCACUCUGGGCGGCUCCCAAUCGAGUGUUAAAAACAAUGCAGCAUUUAAUAUUAAAAACUUCCCUAAGCACGGCUGCCUUCAGAUGUCUUUUAAAAAUAAGUGGUUUAUUUCCUUGAUAUCUGAUGGGAGGGCGUUCCACAGGGGGGUGCCACUACUCAGAAGGCCCUCUGCCUGGUUCCCUGCGGCCUCGCUUCUUGCAGGGAGGGAACCACCAGAAGGCCCUCGGAGCUGGACCUCAGUGUCCAGGCUGAACGAUGGGGGUGGAGACGCUCCUUCAAAUAUACUGGACCGAGGCUGUUUAGAGCUUUCAAGGUCAGCACCAACCCUUUGAAUUGUGCUCGGAAACGUACCACCUUCUUUCCAGACCGGUGGUGUUAUGUCGUCUCGGCAGCCGCUCCCAGUCACCAGUCUAGCUGCCGCAUUCUGGAUUAGUUGCAGUUUCCGGGUCACCUUCAAAGGUAGCCCCACGUAGAGCGCAUUGUAGUAGUCCAAGCAGGAGAUAACCAGAGCAUGCACCACUCUGGAGAGACAGUCUGCAGGCAGGGAGGGUCUCAUCUUGCAUCCCAGAUGGAGCUGGUAGACAGCUGUCCUGUAUGCAGUUGCAACUGAAAAUUAUUCAACCCCCCAUUGCAAAUCAGGUUUCUUAUCAAAAUGUACAGUCCUUCCGCUGUUUGCAAUGAGCAAAUCAAAGCCCUUUAAAUAGCUCAGCUGCCCAACACAACGGAUGCUUCAAAUGGUUCCUCAAAUUCACCUGAAAUUGCAACUUCUAAUGACUUCCACCGUCUCCCUCUCCUGAUACCAACCUUUCCCAAAGCCAGGCGUUGGGGGGGUCUCCAAAUGGUUCGUUUCCUUGCAGUUCCACAAGGUAGCAGUGCCGCUCUGUCCUUGACCACAUUUGGCCAGGACGGAUGAGAGAAAGUAACCUCCUUGCCCAGAGGGGAGAGCGUUGCUCUUGUGCUCGGAUCCUGACACUGGUUUCCCUUUGGGGCAUCUGGUCAGCCACUGUGAGAACAGAAUGUUGGACCAGAGGAGCCAUGGCCCCGAUCCACCGGGCAAUCCUUGUGCUCUUAAAUUCCACGGUAUUUUUUUCUGCCAAGUUCUCAGUGGAGAUGUGAAUGGCCUUCCUUCCCUGCCAGAGGCAGCUGUGGCUUCCGAGGCUCCUGACUCAUUUUCCUUCCUUAUUUAUUAAAAUUCCGUCUUGCCCUCCCUCCCCAAGGAGCCCUGGGCAGCAAAGCAAUAAAAACCCAUACAGUUAAGAAUGAAACACAAUUGCAAGCUAUUGCAAACAUCGGAAAAGCAUUUCUGAAUGUUAAGAAAGCUGGGUUUAAUGCCAUGUGGCGCUACGGUCAGUGUGUGGAUUUCUGCUCGGAUGGACGUUCUCCCCCUCUCCUCCCCCCCCCAAAAAAACCCUGUUCCGGGGUUUUCCCCAACCCCCUGGAGCAGGUUUGGGGAGGGCGUGGGACUCCCAUCGCGGAGAGGUGGAAAGUCCCACUGUGCAAAUGGGGAUCCGUGUGCCGACUUGUUUGUAGGAUCCCUACGGUUCUUUAAGUUGGCCUGUCGUACUGGCAGGGCUGGGAGAGUCUGACCAGGAGAUCCGAGGGGCAGGUUUGGGGUUUACAAGAGAGGCAGGGCCUGUUUGAAUUCACAUCACCCUCUGCCUGAAAAACAGCCACGUAGAUUUUUGAGGGCAGCCAUGCUUUGCUUGCUUCCUGCCUGCCUGUCAGAUUUUGAAAAUUUGUGCAGAACAGUGGGGUGUCUGCCUAGCAACAUAGGGGUUUUUUUUCAGGGUGGGGGUCUCUUCCAGUUCUUGGGUUCCCAUAUCUGGGGGUACAACAAGCUUUCCCAACCAGUCCCUAUGUCUAGGUCAGGCAUAGGCAAACUCAGCCCUCCAGAUGUUUUGGGACUACAACUCCCAUGAUCCCUAGCUAACAGGACCAGUGGAUGAUGGGAGUUGUAGUCCCAAAGCAUCUGGAGGGCCGAGUUUGCCUAUGUCUGGUCUAGGAUAUGGCUGACUAGUCAAGCGCCACGAUUAGCAGAACUGAAGAUGUUGCUCUCUGCCAUUGAGCAAAAAGCUGCUAGAGGGAAGACCACAGAACCAUAGAAUCACAGAAUGGUAGAGUCGAAAGGGACCCCAAGAGGGCCUCCAGUCCAACCCCCUGCAAUGCAGGAAUCUCAGCUCAAGCAUCUGUGACAGACGGCUGUCCAUCCUCUGCUCUUCCUGGUGUUGAGUUGGAAACCCCUUUCUUGUACCUUGAAGCCAUGGGUUCGAGUCCUACCCUCCAGAGCAGGAGAAAGCAAGCUUGCUCCCUCUUCCAUGAGACAGCCCUUGAGAUAUGUGAAGACGGUUAUCCUAUCUCCUCUCAGUCUCCUCUUCUCCAGGCUAAACGUAACCUUCUCGGGUGGAAGGCAUGACUCAUCACCUGCUAGCCUGCCCCUUAUAUAGAGAACCAAGAGAUCGCUUUCUGAAAACUUUGUUCACACAAGGAAGCAGGCACACCUGGCAGAAGUUGUUUGGUUUCUUUUGAGAGGCUAUAAGAGCUUCACAAACAGUGGCCCUCUAUGCACUGGCUGCAAAACAAGCAAACAAAAUCAGGAAAAAGGAGUUAGAUUAAAUCACACUAAGUCGUGGUGAUUCAUAGGUAUAAUCUGGAAUCAAGCUGGAAUUGAGUUUGUUGGUUUCUCUGGUACCUUCUCUUAUCUCCUGGUUGUUGGCAAAUUGGAUUUUAAAAUGGCAAAAGAAUAUUAGAAUGGGAGCUAUCGGAGACGCACAAAGGAAACUAUUUUAAUGCUCAGGAAUCUGGCAAAGUCUUUUAAAUGUUAUGGGUUUUUAUAUUAUGGAUAGAUGUUCUCUAUUAUUUUAUUAAUACUAUCGCCUAAUACAGGUUUGUCAUGGCCUUUGGCUGGAGCAAUAAACUUUUGAACUUGAAACUUGAACUUGAAUUAAUACGUUAAUCUUUC